AUGUACCCCGACAACGCGACGACGUUUGUUGGAACUCAGAAGCAACUAAAGGAAUUUUAUCACCUUUUGCGAACAGAUGAAGCGCAAACAACAAUCGGGCAAUUUUUGCGCGGCCAUGAAACCACAUGGAAUUUUAUACCUCCUAAUGCGCCACAUUUUGGUGGCCUUUAUUGGGAGGCGGCUGUUAAAUCCGCAAAGUACCACCUCGGGCGAAUCGUGGGCGGGCAGAACUUGACUUUCGAGGAAAUGUCGACUACUUUAUGCGAAAUUGAAGCUGUGUUGAACUUGCGACCUCUUAUGAUACUGAGCUCCGACCCAAACGAUAUGGCGUACCUAAGUCCCGGACACUUUCUGGUUGGCGCACCACUGAGG